CCUUUGCUAGCAUCAUGGGAGUCAACUAGAUAAUCGCCGUUGUACCCCUCAUAUCAUGUUAUAACCAUCCCCCCCAACGGAUGCCGUGCGUUGUGGCUCGUUGACGAGCCUCUUCCAACUCCUUCGUCAGCAUCAAACAUGCUGGCUCGCUUUCGCAAUCCACGGCCCGCCACACGCGAGAGCACCAGCAUCGAGCCCAGCACCACCAAGGCCUCCUCCGAUACCGACACGUCCACCUCGACGGGCGCGAACAAGGCCGACAUCGAUGGCAUCAGCGGCGGCAACAGUAGCAGUGCGCCCGCUGUCGACCGGGCGAGGGAGGAGUUGCAGCAGUUCGUCAAGACGCACGCCCACGACCCCAACCUCGACAAGGAGAAGAUCGAGACGCUGAUCGAGGCGGCCAACUCGGACGAUCCGGAGACGAUCCUGGGCGUGGACAGGGAGUUUAUGGAGGAUUCGCCGUACGCGGAGGUGCGGGCUGCCGUCCGGGCUGUGGAUGAUGGCGAGCCGGCGAGUACGAUUCGGGCGUGGGUGCUCGGGCUGUUCUUUGUGACGGUGGCGAGCGGUGUCAACAUGUUCUUGAGCAUGAGGCAACCUGCUAUCAAUUUUCCGUCCAUCGUGGUCCAACUAGUCGUCUAUCCAAUUGGGUGCUUUUUGGCACGCGUGCUUCCUGAGCGCGAAUUCACUACCUUUGGCCAGAAAUGGACACUGAAUCCGGGCCCCUUCAACAUCAAGGAGCAUACUGUUAUCACGAUCAUGUCCGCUGUCUGCAUCGACAAUGCCUAUGCCACCGACGCCCUGAUCGCGCUCCAGGCGAAGAGCUUGUACAAUAUCGACUUCGGCUGGGGGUUCGGUCUGCUGUUCAUCCUCAGCAGUCAACUGCUCGGUUUCUCGUUUGCAGGCUUCUUCCGACGCUUCCUGGUCUGGCCGGCUGCCAUGAUAUGGCCCGGCCAAUUCGCCAAUACCUCGCUGUUCUAUGCCCUCCACGACAAGAGGAAACCAGACGUGAGCGAGACAAACGGAUGGAAGAUAUCGCGCUACAGAUGGUUCGUGUAUCUCGGAUGUGCGUCCUUCAUCUACUACUGGAUCCCCGGCGUACUAUGGCAGGGCCUCUCCGUCUUCUGCUUCGCCGCGUGGAUCAAGCCCGACAACGUCGUCGUCAACCAGCUCUUCGGCGGCCACACCGGUCUCUCCCUGAUCCCCCUGACCUUCGACUGGACAUAUGUCACAGCCUAUCUCCAGGACCCCCUCCUCGCGCCCACAUUCGCCCACAUCAACACCCUCGUCGGCCUCAUCAUCUUCGUCUGCAUCACCGUCAUCGGCAUCCUCUACACCGGCCACUGGUACGCCGACUACCUGCCCCUCAACACCCCCCUAACCUUCGACAACACCCAACACCGCUACAACGUCUCCCGCAUCCUCGGCCCCAACUUCACCUUCAACGAGGCCGCCUACAAGGCCUACUCCCCGCUCUUCCUCUCCCCCACCUUCGUCAUCUCCUACGGCCUCUCCUUCGCCGCCCUCACCGCCGUCCUCGUCCACACCGCCCUCUACCACGGCCGCGAACUCCGCUACCGCCUCCGCACCGCCCGCGCCCAGGACCCAGACAUCCACCUCCGCAUGAUGCUCAAGUACCCCGAAGUCCCAGACGGGUGGUACGCCGCCAUCUUCGCCGCCGCCCUCGCCGCCGGCCUCGCCCUCUGCCUCGCCUUCGACACCCACACCCCCUGGUGGGCCUUCCUCGCCAGCAACGCCCUCAGCAUCCUCUGGACCAUCCCCUCCUCCAUGCUCUCCGCCACCUCAAACAUCGUCCUCACCCUCAACGUCCUCGGCUCCUUCAUCGCCGGCCACGCCCUGCCCGGCCGCCCCGUCGCCGUCAUCAUCUUCAAGGUCUACGCCACCAUCACCCUCGCCCGCGCAAACAAGUUCUCCGCAGACCUCAAACUAGGCCACUACAUGAAGCUCCCGCCCCGCACCACCUUUGCCGCCCAGGUCGUCGCCACCGCCUGGGCUGCGCUCGUCCAGCUGGCAGUCACAAACUGGUCCCUAGCAAACAUCCCAGCCGUCUGCACGCCCACCCAGAAAUCCCGCUUCUCCUGCCCGCAAGGCACCGCCUUCUACACCAACAGCAUCGUCUGGGGCCUCGUCGGGCCCACCCGCAUGUUCGGCUCCUCCCAGUCCGCAAUAUACACCGCAGUACACUACUACUGGCUCCUCGGCGCCCUGCUGCCCAUCGCUUUCUACGUCCUCGCCCACCACACGCCCGCCUUCCUGGCUAGAUAUACGCGCCAUCUCCAUGUUCUCAACGCGCCCGUCAUGCUCGGCGCAAUGGCCUGGCUGCCGCCUGCCACGCCGCUCUCGUUCUUCGCCUGGGCGCUCGUCGGCUUGUUCUUCAAUGCGUUCUUGCGGAGCAGGGUGCGCGGGUGGUGGCAUACGUAUAAUUAUGUUACUGCCGCGGCGCUGGAUUGCGGGCUUGUGCUGGGGACGGUGGUGGUGUUUUGCGCGGUGGAUUUGUCGGGUGUGGGUGGGCCGCGGUGGUGGGGGAAUGAGGGGGUGAUGCGGACGAAGGACGCGACGUAUCGCGCUAUCACGAAACUUGUCAAGCCUGGGGAGCGGUUUGGGCCGGAGACGUGGUAGGGACGGCGUUUAAGUACAUGGGAUGUCCCCCUCUAUGUUAGGCCAUGGGUGAAUACAUUAGAAGAUGUGCGCAUAGAGCGUGACUUCCUUCGCAUGCACGAUAUGCAUCUCCCCCUUUCCCAGACAUAAGAGGAAUAGAUAGAAUAUCAGACGAACGAAUACGUGAUACAUGUUCAUAGAACCC